CACCGGAACCAGUCAUUGUGUACAUUUGGAGGUGAGGGUGUUACAUCCGAUGCAACAUUAGACACAUUUUAAAAUGUCCAAAAACAGGAGAAUCGUUUUGGUAUUUGGAGGUUUUGUAACGGCGGUCGCUGCUGCGUUUUACCCCAUAUUUGUCUACCCGCUCACACAUAAAAGCGAGUACAGAGAAGUCCAAAAGAUGAACCGGACAGGAAUCAACCAGGCAGACGUUCAACCUGUGGGUGUGAAGAUAUGGUCUGAUCCAUUUAAGCCUGCAGGAAAAUGAUGACCAGUGACAGCUAACCCCUUCACUAAUCCCAGACACUGAUGCUGAUGAAGACUUAAAAUAGAGAGUGCUGUGUGUGUGUGUGUGUGUGUGUGUGUGUGUGUGUGUGUGUGUGUGAAUGCUUUCCAGAAUGAGGUUGUUGAAUAAAUAUGAAUAAAAUGUAAAGCCCUUAUAACUAAAAA